GACGCUGGUGCCGCCGCCAUGGCGCCCAAAAAGAAAGCAGGGAAAGGGGGCAAAGGCCCGGCGGUGGUGGAUGCCUUGGCCCCGGAGGACAUGAGCAGGGAGCAGCUGCUGCAGCACGUGGUGCAUCUGCGGGAGGAGAUGGACCGGGAGCGGCAGGAGCGGAACUCUUUCCAGCUGGAGUGUAGCAGGAUCCAGAGCUACUGGGAAAUCACGCGCGGGGAGCUGGAGGAGAGGAAGGCCGAGCUGCGCGGCCGGGACCGCCAGAUGGAGGAGGCGGAGGAGAGGCACCAGCUGGAGAUCAAGGUGUACAAGCAGAAGGUGAAGCACCUGCUGCACGAGCAGCAGGAGAGCCUGACAGAGCUGAAGGCAGAGGGAGUCCUGUCCCUGAAGCGGGCCCAGAAGGAUCACUGGGAGCAGGAGCAGGAGCUGUGGAAAGAGAAGCGCUCCUUGAACGUAAGGCUGAACGAGCAGGAGCUGGCCAAUGAGGCAGCCAUCACAAACCUCUGCCUGAAACAUGAGGAGGAGAUGGCCUGGCUACGCAGUGACUUCGAGCUGCAGACCAAAGAGAUGGAGGCCAAGUACACCAGGAAGAUGCAGGCGCUGCGGGACGAGCUGGACCUGCGGAGGAAGACAGAGAUCCAUGAGCUGGAGGAGAGGAAGAACACCCAGAUCAGCGAGCUGAUGGGGAACCACGAGGGGGCUUUUGGUGCCAUCAAGAACUACUACAACGAUAUCACUGCCAAAAACCUGACACUCAUCAACCUCCUGAAGGAGCAGGUGGAAGACCUGAAGAAGAAGGAGGCUGUCCUGGAAAAGGAGAAGGCAGAUGUGCUGCGUGAGAACAAGGAGCUGACACAGCCCCUGCAGGAGGCCCAGGAGCUGGUGGCUGAGCUGCAGAGGAAACUGGUUAACUAUUACAAGGACAAGGAGACCCUGAUGAACUCCAAAGCCCAUCUGAAAAUCACCCAGAAGGAACUGAAGGACCUUCAGUGGGAGCACGAGGUGCUGGAGCAGCGGUUCAGUAAGGUGCAGGAAGAGCGAGACGACCUCUAUCAGAAUUUCACCAGAGCCAUUAACGAGGUGCAGCAAAAAACGGGGUUCAAGAACCUGCUCCUGGAGCGGAAGUUGCACGGACUGCUCAGCCUCCUGGAGCAGAAGGAGGUGGAGCUCGGCGAGGUCGCCGCAACCUCCAACCUCGACCCCAGCGCUCUCUCCUUGGUCUCGCACAAGCUGGAGGACAUGUUAAAUUCCAAGAAUGCCACCAUCCAGGACCUGCAGCUCCAGCUGGCCAGAGUCUGCAAGGCACACAACGACAUGCUGCAGACCUUCGAGGCAAAGCUGACAGCCUUUGGCAUUCCCCUGGACAACCUGGGUUUCCAGCCACUGUCCUUCCCCUUCCCGGGGCAGGAACUGGGGCAGGGCCCUGCUGGACUCGUUUCAGUGCCCACCUGAUGCUGGCAGCACUGAGGGUCCCACUGGCACACUGGUAGUGGAGCUGUGCCCUUUAGUGUCUUUAAAUAGACCCCAGUGAGCAUCUUCAGGAACCUCUCCUCCCAAGGGGGACCACAGCUGCAGAGCUCCAGGCAUCCCACCCACGCUACCAGGCUGCCCUUGGGGCUACCUCUGUUCCCACAAAAGUGAAGGCGAUUUUUUGAG